GGAGGCCGCGGCGCCGCGCGGGGCCGGCUGCGAGGCCGGAAGAUGGCCUGGGUGCUCAAGAUGGACGAGGUGAUCGAGUCUGGGCUGGUGCACGACUUCGACGCCAGCCUCUCGGGCAUCGGGCAGGAGCUGGGCGCUGGCGCUUACAGCAUGAGUGAUGUGUUGGCAUUGCCCAUUUUCAAGCAGGAAGAUUCCAGCCUUUCCUUGGACGGUGAAGCUAAACACCCCCCCUUUCAGUAUGUGAUGUGUGCUGCAACUUCGCCCGCAGUGAAACUGCAUGAUGAGACACUCACGUACUUGAACCAAGGCCAGUCUUAUGAAAUUCGGAUGCUGGAUAAUCGGAAAAUGGGAGAUAUGCCUGAGAUCAGUGGAAAAUUGGUAAAGAGCAUCAUAAGGGUUGUGUUCCACGACAGACGGCUGCAGUACACAGAGCAUCAGCAACUUGAAGGUUGGAAGUGGAAUCGUCCAGGAGACAGACUUCUCGAUUUAGAUAUUCCCAUGUCUGUGGGCAUAAUUGACACAAGAACCAAUCCAAGCCAGUUAAAUGCAGUUGAAUUUCUGUGGGACCCUGCAAAGCGCACGUCUGCCUUCAUUCAGGUACACUGCAUCAGUACAGAAUUCACUCCACGGAAGCAUGGAGGGGAAAAGGGAGUGCCUUUUAGGAUCCAGGUUGACACAUUUAAACAGAAUGAAAAUGGAGAAUACACAGAUCAUCUUCACUCAGCUAGCUGCCAAAUCAAAGUGUUUAAGCCUAAAGGUGCAGAUAGGAAACAGAAAACUGACCGAGAAAAGAUGGAGAAGAGAACAGCCCAUGAAAAGGAAAAGUAUCAGCCAUCCUAUGACACCACCAUCCUCACAGAGAUGAGGCUUGAGCCUAUAAUUGAAGAUGCAGUUGAACAUGAGCAGAAAAAGUCCAGCAAGCGGACUUUGCCAGCAGACUACGGUGAUUCUCUGGCAAAGCGAGGCAGUUGUUCUCCAUGGCCCGAUACCCCCACAACCUAUGUGAAUAACAGCCCUUCCCCAGCGCCCACUUUCACCUCCUCACAGCAGAGCACGUGCAGUGUCCCAGACAGCAAUUCUUCAUCCCCAAAUCAUCAGGGAGAUGCAGUUGCCCAGGCGUCUGGGGAACAAAUUCAGCCUUCAGCUACGACACAGGAAACACAGCAGUGGCUGCUCAAAAACAGGUUUUCUUCCUAUACCAGACUGUUUUCCAAUUUUUCAGGUGCCGAUUUACUAAAGCUGACGAAGGAGGAUUUAGUUCAGAUUUGUGGUGCAGCCGAUGGAAUUCGGCUCUAUAAUUCACUGAAGUCAAGGUCGGUUAGGCCCCGCUUAACCAUCUAUGUCUGCCAGGAGCAGCCAGACAGUACCGUGCUACAAGGGCAGCCCCAAGCUUCAGGAAGUGGAGGCGAGAGUGGAAGUGGGACACCUUGUGUUUACCAUGCAAUCUAUUUGGAAGAAAUGGUUGCUUCAGAAGUUGCUCGGAAGCUUGCAUCGGUGUUUAAUAUUCCUUUCUGCCAAAUUAACCAGGUUUACAGACAGGGCCCCACUGGUAUUCACAUUCUUGUUAGUGACCAGAUGGUUCAGAACUUUCAAGAUGAGAGUUGUUUUUUAUUCUACACAGUAAAAGCUGAAAAUAAUGAUGGUAUCCACAUAAUUUUGAAGUGAUACCUUAUGUAGACUGAACUCCGUUCAGUACCAAAUAAAGUCACGCUUAAAAGUGUGUGAAGACCGAAUCCAAGAAGUCUUGGGAUUGGAUUUUACUGUAUGAAAUGUUUCAUAUUGAAAACACAUGACCUUCUCAAUGAGCUGUAGGAGAGGCAAGUCUCCUCAUUGUCACUGCCACAGCCCAGCAUCCUCAAGAGAGUGAGCAUGUCGGGCAGCGUGCGCCCAGCUCUGGAGGCUGUGGUGUGGGUGCAGCUGCCCGUGUCUCGUGUCUCUGGCAGAGGCCAGUGGACACAGUUCCCAGAAGCAGUCUCGGCUGGCUUUUUACACUGUAUGCGGUUUGAAAAUGAAUGUAAAAAUCGUAACCGUGGGCAUUUACCUUUCUGUGCCAGUUUGGCUUUCAGUGCCUGACCCUUCUGCCAACUUGGGAAGGAGAUGGGAGUGCUGCUGUUGACCCAGAACGGCGCCUCUGAGGGCAGGAGUGCUGUGCCGACACGGCAGCUGGUGGUCAGGCGAGAGGCUCAGCACCUCAGAAGCAGUCAGGUCUGACUAAGGGGGACGCCGAGGCCAGACAAGGGAAGGUCGGAGCCAAGAAAACUGGCUUGAUGCAGACUGCAUUAUCAGAGUACCUUGUGAGAGGAUCAGUGUAAAUCCUAAUAGGUACAAAGACUUGUGUGUUUUUGCUUUGUCACUGACUCACUGAAAACCUUUUUUGCUUCUGCUUCCAUUUUUAGCAUUUUAGUUUCUGGUUUUCACCUUUUGAAACCUCCUUACCUUUUAAACUCAUGUGAUUUUCUUUUCUCAUUUUCUUCCUUCUCAUCUCCCACACCCUCCUUUCUUAAACACUUUUUUUAAAGUUGAGACAGGGUCUUCUGUCUUGCCCAGACUGGCCUUGGACUCCUGGGUGCAAGUGAUUCUCCUUCCUCAUCCUCCAAAGUCGCUGUUCUCCAGGCGCACCUCCGUGCUGGCUCUGUUCUCACACGUUUAAAGCCCUUCCCAGACCUUAGAAGUAGGCGAUGUAACUAGGGGAGCAAAGUUUUGUUGAUAGCUUCUGACUUGGUUGGUGUUAAGGGAUCUUUGUUAAUGAACAAGAUGAAAUUACUCGUGGAAACACUAGAUGUCAUGAACGAGACACUAAAAUGUACCAUAGAAAUUCCUCACAUCUCUCCUCAUAUUGAGCUUCAGUAUGAUGAAGGAUAAACAUUCUGGUGAUUAUCUAGGGCUCUAGCUUUUAAAAACUUACUACAUGGUUGCUUUUUCUAUGAAUUGUGCCUCUGAUCAAAUCAAAUGUGUGCUAGCACACGGUCUCCAAAGGGAAUCGAUGUCUUGCUUCUCCUCCUCCCCGUUACUCCCCUGCCCUCACCUCCCCGUCACCCCCCCACCACCACCAUUACACAGUUCAUCUGCAAACAUCUUUGAUGCCUGUGGCAUAUGAGGCUGAGUUUUUAAAUACUUCUUUUCCAUUUUAAUCAUGGCCUUUCUUCCCAUCUGCUCAGCUCCGUUGGCCUUGUACUGUUUGAUCCUCGUCCUUGUGUGGUGGAAGUGUAGGACUAGUGUUAAGUUUGAGAUCUCUUCCAGAAGACACAACUUCACUGCGUGAAGACUUGGACAUUUCACAUUUUAUUCAUAAAGGGGUAAAUUAUUUGCUACCAAGAAACACUGCCUCAGUAUCUUUGGUUUAAGCACCCUCACAGGCCCUGUAGAGUGUUCCUGUUGUCCUCCUUGGCUUUUGUACACACACGUUUUCUGUACCGGACACUCACUCAGGAGAGAAGUGAGCUUAUCUGAUUGAUUGGGAUCUCAUGAUUAUGGAACAAUAAAUGUCACUUCAUGCUGUGUGCUAUUUUGAACUCCUUAACAAGUUUUAGAAAUGGGGCAAAAGAUUAGGCUUGAAACUAUGCUGAGCAUCACUGAACGUUAGUCUCUGUCCUAGCGAAACUGGUUAAAUUAUGGCACCAGCAAAUUUGCUACUUUGGUUGGUUUAAUAAGAUUUCAGUAUAAUAAAUGUUUUCCAAUUGUUUUGUAAA